UCUAAGGUUUCAGUAUAGUUCCAACGGCUGCCCCACCCUUCAAACCGAAACACUUUACUGCUUCACGGCAGAAAUACGCUACUAUUAUUACACAAAAAUAUACAUAAAUACUACACAAAGCUCUCCCUUGCUUACCUCCCUCCUCCUUCCCUUGUUCUUGAAGACGGCACUCUUGUCUAUAUAGUAUCCAAUCGUUACUAUUGAUCAAUCACAAUGUCUGACAUUCAGGAUAAACAGGUGCGAAUAUAUCAACCCACUUACCAAUUAAAUCCGAGAAAACGUUUCAAUGUCGAAAAAGUCGAAAAGAUGCUUAACACAAUUUUGGAUUCUGAAUUAGCAGAAGUUGAAUAUAGUGAGAAGUUAAUUCCCGAACUGUGUAUGAAUCUGGCUGACAGUAUACGGAUCUCCGUAAAAGAGGAAAACUAUGACAGAUACAGGAUCAUAGUUUCAGUGAGCAUAGGCCAACGUCGUCAACAGAGCGUACACGUGUUCCAUUCGUUCCUCUGGGAUCCGGAACGUGACGGAUUCGCGGCUGCAACUUAUGAGAAUUGUCAUUUAUACGCUUACGUCGUUGUUUACGCAGUUUACUUAGAUUAAAAUAAUAAAAAAUUGUACUGUAAUAUAUAGAUCGGUGAUUUAAUAAAA